CCCGUCUAGCGUCCACCCUUAACGCGUUGGUGUCGCAGUUGUUGGUCGGACUGUGUUUCGCCUUCCCAUAGGACGACGUCGACAUGGCAUUCGAAAGCAUUCUGCCGUGGCGGCGCUUCUCGGUCCGCCUCCGCUUCGACGACAUCCCGAUCCUGCCGCAGCUGCUCGCCAAGAUCCCGGCGCGCCACGUUGCGCGGCUGCGGCGCGGCCUCGGCUGCGUCUGGCCGCGGAUGCUCUGGCUCGCGCCGGGGCUCUACGAGCAGCGCGUCAACGCCGAUGCGACGCUGCACGCGGCGCGCCCGUACGAUGCCUUUGAGACGACCAUGUGGGCGCUGCGCGCGCGCCUCGACAACCGCACCGGCAGCAGCAGCAGCGGCGGCAGAAGCGGGGGCGGCAGCGGCGGCGGCGGUGGUGGCGGUGGCGGUGGCAGCGGCGGCGACGGGACGGGUGGCGGCUGGCGGGCGCCGGUCGACUCGUGCGUGCAGAUGGCGGGCGACGACGAGGAGCUCGACCUCGACGCGCUCCGCGCCGAGACGCGGCGCGAGAUGGCGGCGGGGGCGUUCGCGCUGAGCAAGAACGCGAGCCUCGUCGCCGACAUCAUCGCCGACUUUGCGCGCACGCACGACGACAAGGAGUUCGCGAUGAAGACGCGCUUCUUCCCGUCGGGCGUCAAGAUACCAGGCGUCAAGUGGACAGACUGAUGUUACUUGUGGCGUCUUUGAGCUAAGCGUGUUGAUAAAUGAGCGUACUGUGGUCUGCACUGGCCACUGUGGGAGCCGGCAGCGAGCGGCACACACCGAC